AUGGAGUCCACCCUCAGCGCUAGCUCGGCCAGAGGUCGCCUAGCCGUCAAUGGUGUGGUGAUCGAGCAAUGCACCGUCGAGUAUCUCCACCAUCUGUGCGUUGAGAUGCUCCGAGCUAUGGCGCAACCUUUUGUGCGCCUCGCCAAAGAUACGAAUGAGGAUGAGGACGAAGAUCGCCUGGAGUUCAUUAUCCACGAGCUCAAGCGUCUUCUCCUCAAUCCAGCUCUCUUCCCAUCAGAUUCUGCUCGAGUCAAGCUCUUAGCUUUGGCCGCUCUCGAUUCUGAGCUGCAGUUCCAGGAGGCUUGUGGCAAUCACAUUGUUGAAAAUGAAGUUCAAGAGCUCGAGUUGGUCAGGCGUCAAGCUUACUCUCGACCCUUGUAUCAGCCUGGUACUCACGGUUGGGAGAACUUCUUGCUCAACAUGGCUCCUGGCGCUCCAGAAGAUCCCUCAAACCGCGCUAUCUCAACCCCGAAGUCAUCCUUUCAGAUGAUUCCCGCUGUUGGACUGCGCAUUCUUGCCGACUUUGAGAGAGAAGAGCGGGAUAUCGUCAAGUACAUCGAGCAAGCUCCGACGGACUACGGGGUUGAGCCCGCACAAACUACUCUUGUGAUCGACUUCGACAAGUCUACUCCCUGGGAAGAGCGAAUUCCGCGUCGUCUGCUGAAAAACCGCACAGAUCGCGUCGUUGCUAGACCUAAUCCCUUCAAGAAUGGUCGCAGCAUUCGAGAGGACAUCAGCAAGUGCCCUACCCAGCCCGUUGAGAACAUCGGCUCCUUCCUACACCACAUCGAGACGCCACAAGCUGUACCGGCUACGCUUACAGCAUCGGACGUUUUUCCAGCCUAUAGUAUCCGUCAAUGGCAUCCACCAACGAAGUACGCUCAUCUUCGUUUCCGUCAUAUCAAUGACCAGGGUCCAGCAUGA